AUGAGUGCUAGUCAUCUUCACAAGCGGAACUUCCCCGAUCUGCAUCAGUCUAUGCAGCACACUUUCAAAGAUGUGCAGUGGGAACCGCGUCACCAAUUCCUCAUGGAUGAGAAAUCAAAAGCCGCCAAAUACUUUCGUGUUCCGAGUAUUAAUGYGACUUGCGUCAAUUGCCGUACAAAGGGUGCAAUAGCCUUCACAUUUCUGCUCGACUUUGACUUACGCCCGCAUCACCACAGGAAUGCAUCCUGUGAUGGGCCGAAGAAGAGGUCUCAGCGGUCAAAGAAAGCAGCAGCAUUCCUGGACAAACACCAUAGACUUCAGUCAAAGGUGGCCGUCAAUAUCGAAGCCGAAAGGAUUGCCAGGCAUCAAGAAGUCCAUGCCGAUCUUCGCAAGCGACAGGAGCCAUUGCCACCCGCAUUUGAAUGGUUGUCCUGCCCGGAGAGUGAUCCUAMCUAUCCUGUGUGCCAUGAUGAGAAGAUCGUAUCUCCAGUGCCCAAGGACUGCUCGAAAGCCCAGAACCUUCUCCUUGACCCUCCUCACAUAGUGGUGGAAGCAUUGAAAUGCACGGGACAGUCUAUCAUCGGGCACCCAUCCUGCUGGCACGACUUCAGUCAGGACGCAAGUCAGUUCAAAGACUUUGCUGAUUACAUUGGUGCUUUCAUCCGGGCCCAUGUCCAUAACUUUGAGAUCAAGGUCGAGGUGACGGAAGACCUCGAUCUACGGCUCCAGCUCGAGAUCCUGACCACGCUAGAAGUAGGCGUAUGGUUCGAUGUGGAUAUAUUUCCUUACGACGUCCUCAACCCCGCACAUAACGUGGCGCACCCUCCUUUUAUAGAUUGCAACUUUGGGUGGUUCGCUGUGAUCGGUGGGACUCCGUCAUUCAGGCAGAAUGUGGGCGGAAAACCGCUUCACGGCGAGAAAAAAGACGAACUCCCUAUAGGCAAGCAAGGUAGAGCGUACAACCAAAAUGGACGCAAUAAGAUGGGCACUGAAGAUGCUAAAAAGCGAGGAACAAGCGCCUUGGGCGGUCUGGGGUUGAUUACGUUUGAUCUCGUGCCGUUGACAUUUUCGUCCAGCUUGAAGGUCUCAACGACACUUAAUAUAACCAGUCCAGGCUUCGAGGUUAAGAUCAGCAAAGGCGCGAUGGUGAUGAGACCAUUACACGACGAUCGCAGCCAGCGUUAUCAAAACAACAUCAAAGUCGAGACCAAGUACCUCAAUGCCGCUUUAGAAAUAGGCGGUGAUUCCCAAAUGGUCCUCAGCCACCGCUUGGGUCCGAGAAUCAAGUUCCAUCUGUUCCCAGUGGCGUCCGUAUCGCCCAUUCCCAUCGGAGGCCCGACUGGUCUGGACUUUAUCAGCAAAGAUAUGCAAAGCUCGGGUCUUGGUUUGGGAGAUCCACUCUCGUUCGGAGUUUUUUUCCAACCUCUUCGCGUAGACUUCAUAGUUUCUGAAGCGCCACCGAACGACAAGGACUGUGCUGCCAAAAAGGGGCCUUUCAACAACGGAGGUCUCAAGUUUGAGGUGGUCUUUCGGUCUGGAAUCGAUGCGUAUGCGCAAAGCUUCGCGUUUCGCAUCGAUACAAGCUACAUCAAGGUCCUCCAACACACCGAUGUGGCCUCGGAAGCCCACAACGGGCUGUGGAUCUCAAAACGCGUCUUAGUCCUCUGCCACGAAUGGUCGACCAAGGGAUCCUUGGCGGAUCAUGUCAAUGCCAUUAUCAAGAAACUUCUUGAUGCAAUGCAAGAGCCCAUUGCAAAGUGGUUCGAUGCACUGGGCCCCAAGUUGAGUGCGGCGCCCUUCAACGGCUCCAACUCAGAGCCUUUCCGAGACUGGAGUAGCCACAAAAACAAUCUGGACUACUUCCAUUGGUAUUCCAGCGUCGUGGGACCCAAUCAACUCCAAGGACUCUGCGAUGAGAUCUGUGAUCCUGAAUCCACGUACUACAUCCCCGAGGGAAUCACCCAAGGCAUUUACGAUGCGUACCAACAAUGGUACCAGGCCAAUGGAGGCAAAGGAAACGUCUCUACUGUGGGAGUAGUGAAUGCUUCGCAGUUGCUCGACGAGGCCUACCAAUACAACUCGAGCACGGUGAUUAUCCCGACUUCAACAAUCUUUACUCCGGCUCCACCCUUCACCGACACGAUGCUCCCACCUGAGUGGCAGUGGUCAUCAGGCACUACGACAUCUGCCGGUUCGCAGCCAUCUUCAAUCUAUCACGACCCAGCACUGUCUCCCGAAUGGCAAGAGCCUGAGUCGACGAUAUCCCCCGCUUCUGGCAAGCCUUUGCAGACGACUUCAAUCUAUCACGACCCAGAACUACCUCCCGAAUGGCAAGAGCCCGAGUCGACAAAAACCUCCGCUUCUAGCAAGCCUCUGCAGACCACUACGUCAGGCAGUAGUUCAACGCCACUAACGGCAACACGUAUUGCCGGCCAUGCCAAGCGAGGCUUCGCCCAGGUUCCCGUUAGUACUGGUGCAGCAUGA